CUCUCCGACUCCAUUGAAGACCCCGACUUGAUCCUCAUCCUCGACAUCGCUGCCCCCGGUGUUUCGGGACAUCCGUCCACUGCUCAUGGCGGAGUCCUGGCUACGUCCCUGGAUGAAGCCAUGUCCUAUGCCGUGGCACUGUAUGCGCCGGAAACGGGCCCGAAGCUGGUAGAGGAUGAGCAACCGGAUGGCCCGCAUGUCCCGCCUACGCCGCGCGGAAUGCUCUAUACUGCCCAACUAGACAUCCGCUACAAGAGUCCGGUUGCUGCGCCGGGUUGUUCGGACUAA